UAACAGCUCUGACAUGUUUUAGUCGUUAACACAAGCUGUCGGUACUUUAGCUGUCGGUACUUUAGCUGUCGGUAGUUUAGUUGCAGCAGAAAUCUGCCGCUUCAGACUCAUCAAACUCUGAGUUAAACAGUAAACUCGAAGCAGCCGCCAUUGAAGACAUCCGCCAUGUUGUGUGGAUGUUUGGGAGCUCACACGGUGUCCGGACAGCCGCCGGACAGCAGCGGUUUGUGUCCACUACAGGACUGAUGUGGAGACAGUGUGGGGCCGAGCUGGACGGGAUAAACUCUCUGAAUAUGCCCUGUGCCUUGGCGAGUCAGUCUCUGGAGCCUGUUGGCCUCACUGACGGGCUGACGGUCCCACAGGGAAAAGUCUGUAACGCGCUGUGGGGCCGCUAAGGGGCGCUGCUGAGUGUCGGACUUUCCCAGCACGUCGCGGUGCCUGAGUUUUAAAGUUACAUUUUUGCAUGUUCUUCUCAAAGACUGUUGGUUUCUUCCUCUCAUGUCUUCAUCUGAAUUCCUUCAUUAGAAGAACCAGCUGAACUCUGUCUCUGUUUGAACCGAUAAUCAAUGCAGAUAAUUUGAGUCCUUUACAGGAAAGUUUGUUGGUGAUUGUGAGGAGUUUUCACUGCCAUAAAAAGUCCAUAUGUUGUGUUUUUAUAAAUGAUGCUUUUAUUGACGGGGAAGUGAUUGAAUGUUAUUAUGCCGCAGUCUUCAUCCUGUGAAGUGAUCAGCUGCUGCAUCGAGUCCUUUUCUACACUGCAGAUGAGAUUCUGUCAGAUCACAUCAGUCCAUCUCAGUCCUUCUGUGUGUCAGUGAAUGCACCGUGUGCUGGGCUGCAGCUCUCUGACUCCAUCUAGUGGACUGAUGGUAGAAGUACAGCAGCUGAUGGCAGCUUCCUCUGCCUCACACUGCUGUGUGACUGCAUUGAACAGACGCUGACAGGAAACAGGAAACGACAGCCAAUCAGAGGAGGAGCAGCUGAUGUGUGGACAGGAGAAAGGACGUAAAGAUGAUUUCAGUGGAUGUGCACAUGAAUGAUUUGUGUUUCCUGUGCAGAUCAAAGUGUGUGUGAGCUGAGCAGCAUGGAUCAGUGUGAGGACAGAGAGGAGGGAGUCCCUCCCUCUAAAACCACUCUGUGUGGGGAACCUGGCAGCCAGACCAGAGCUCAGAGGCCAGAGCUGCAGCACAGACCAGACUCUGCUGGACCUGGAUCUGGACCAAGCUGUGUGUCCCUCGCGAGUGACCGGUCAAUGAAUAUCAUCAUAACUUUUAAUCCAGAACUUUCAUCAGAGAAACAGAUUGAUGGACCAGCUGGAUCUGGACCCAGCUGUGUGUCCUUCAAGAGUGACCAGUCAGAUGAUCCCUUCAUAGAUUUCAAAGGCCACCAACCACCUGCUGCAAAGAGGAGGAAGCUGGAAGGACCAGGACCCAACAGUGGGCCCAUGAAGACCGACUUGUAUUGUCCUGUGGACUUCAAAGAUGGACGUCACAGUGUUGAUCAAAGAGUCGAGCAGGAGAGCUCAGAGGUUCCCAGUGGUCAGCAGCAUCAAACACACCUGGACUCCAUAUUUAUGCUGCUGGAGGAGGACAUUGUCAGGUUUGUGAAGAAGGAACUGAAGAGGCUCCAGAAGGUUCUGAGUUCAGAUUAUCCAGAAGAGAGUCAGAGGGAGGAUGAGGAGGUGUUGGACGGUGAGGAUGAAGAGCAGAGGAGGAGCAGCAGAAAGGCAUUUCUGAAGAUCACACAGCACUUCCUGAGGAGAAUGAAGCAGGAGGAGCUGGCUGACUGUCUGCAGAGGAGACAUCCAGACAGAAGAGAUUGUCAGCUUAACCUCAAAUCUAACCUGAAGAAGAAGUUCCAGUGUGUGUUUGAGGGGAUUGCUAAAGCAGGAAACCCGACCCUCCUGAAUCAGGUCUACACAGAGCUCUACAUCACAGAGGGAGAGACUGGAGGGGUCAAUGAUGAACAUGAGGUCAGACAGAUUGAAACAACAUCCAGGAAAUCCAGAAGACCAGAGACAACAAUCAGACAUGAAGACAUCUUUAAAGCCUCACCUGGAAGAGAUGGACCAAUCAGAACAGUGAUGACAAAGGGAGUGGCUGGCAUUGGGAAAACAGUCUUAACACAGAAGUUCACUCUGGACUGGGCUGAAGACAAAGCCAACCAGGACGUCCACUUCACAUUUCCAUUCACUUUCAGAGAGCUGAAUGUGCUGAAGGAGAAGAAGUUCAGCUUGGUGGAACUUGUUCAUGACUUCUUCACUGAAACCAAAGAAGCAGGAAUCUGCAGGUUUGAAGAGUUCCAGGUUGUGUUCAUCUUUGACGGUCUGGAUGAGUGUCGACUUCCUCUGGACUUCCACAACAAUGAGAUCCUGACUGAUGUCACAGAGUCCACCUCAGUGGAUGUGCUGCUGACAAACCUCAUCAGGGGGAAUCUGCUUCCCUCUGCUCGCCUCUGGAUAACCACACGACCUGCAGCAGCCAAUCAGAUCCCUCCUGAGUGUGUUGACCUGGUGACAGAGGUCAGAGGGUUCACUGACCCACAGAAGGAGAAGUACUUUCGGAAGAGAUUCAGGGAUGAUGAGGAGCAGGCCAGCAGAAUCAUCUCCCACAUCAAGACAUCACGAAGCGUCCACAUCAUGUGCCACAUCCCAGUCUUCUGCUGGAUCACUGCUACAGUUCUGGAGGAUGUGUUGAAGUCCAGAGAGGGAGGAGAGCUGCCCAGGACCCUGACUGAGAUGUACAUCCACUUCCUGGUGGUUCAGUCCAAAGUGAAGAACAUCAAGUAUGAUGGAGGAGAUGGGACAGAUCCACAGUGGACUCCAGACAGCAGGAAGAUGAUUGAGUCUCUGGGAAAACUGGCUUUUGAGCAGCUGCAGAAAGGCAACCUGAUCUUCUAUGAAUCAGACCUGACAGACUGUGGCAUCGAUAUCAGAGCAGCCUCAGUGUACUCAGGAGUGUUCACCCAGAUCUUUAAAGAGGAGAGAGGACUGUACCAGGACAAGGUGUUCUGCUUCAUCCAUCUGAGCGUUCAGGAGUUUCUGGCUGCUCUUCACGUCCAUCAGACAUUCAUCAACUCUGGUGUCAACCUGCUGGCAGAAGAACAACCAACAUCCCAGAAGUGUGAAACAAGAACAGAUGAAUCUGCAGAGACACAGUUCUACCAGAGUGCUGUGGACGAGGCCUUGCAGAGUCCAAAUGGACACCUGGACUUGUUCCUUCGCUUCCUCCUGGGACUUUCACUGCAGACCAAUCAGACUCUCCUACGAGGUCUGAUGACACAGACAGGAAGUGGCUCAAAGACCAAUCAGGAAACUGUCCAGUACAUCAAGACGAAGAUCGAAGAGAGUUCAUCUGUGGAUAGAAGAAUCAAUCUGUUCCACUGUCUGAAUGAACUGAAUGAUCGUUCUCUGGUGGAGGAGAUCCAACAGUCCCUGAGGUCAGGAAGUCUCUCCACAGAUGAACUGUCUCCUGCUCAGUGGUCAGCUCUGGUCUUCAUCUUACUGUCAUCAGGAAAAGAUCUGGACGUGUUUGACCUGAAGAAAUACUCUGCUUCAGAGGAGGCUCUUCUCAGGCUGCUGCCAGUGGUCGAAGCCUCCAACAAAGCUCUACUGAGUGGUUGUAACCUCUCAGAGAGAAGCUGUGAAGCUCUGUCCUCAGUUCUCAGCUCCCAGUCCUCUAGUCUGAGAGAGCUGGACCUGAGUAACAACAGCCUGCAGGAUUCAGGAGUGAAGCUGCUGUCUGCUGGACUCAAGAGUCCACAUUGUACACUGGAGACUCUCAGGCUGUCAGGCUGUCUGAUCACAGAGGAAGGCUGUGCUUCUCUGGCCUCAGCUCUGAGCUCCAAACCCUCCCAUCUGAGAGAGCUGGACCUGAGCUACAAUCAUCCAGGAGACUCAGGAGUGGAGCUGCUGUUUGCUGGACUGGAGGAUCCAGCCUCGAGAGUGGACGCUGUGAGGGUGGAGCCUGCUGGAGUCCGAUGGCUGACACCAGGUCUGAGGAAGUAUUCCUGUGAACUCACAGUCGACGCCAACACAGUAAACGGAAAGAUCAAACUGUCUGACGGCAACAGGAAGGCGACGUAUGUGGAUGAGGAUCAGUCGUAUCCUGAUCAUCCAGACAGGUUUGACUGGUGGCCUCAGCUGCUGUGUUCAGAGGGUCUGACUGGUCGCUGCUACUGGGAGGUCGAGUGGAAAGGAGGAGUUUCUAUAUCACUGAGUUACAGAGGAAUCAGAAGGAGGGGAGGCAGUGAUGACUGUGAGUUUGGAGAGAAUGAUCAGUCCUGGAGGCUCUGGUGCUCUCAUGAGGGUUACACUGUCUGUCACAAGAAGAGCGAAAAAUCCGUCUACUCCUUUUCCACUUCCUCCUCCUCCUCUGACUCUUCCUCCACCUCCCCCGCCUCAGCUUCUGACAGAGUUGCAGUGUAUGUGGACUGGCCUGCUGGCACUCUGUCCUUCUACAGAGUCUCCUCUGACAGUCUGAUCCACCUCCACACCUUCAACACCACAUUCACUGGACCUCUUUAUCCUGGCUUUGGGUUCUGGUUCUGGUCUGGUUCCUCAGUGUCUCUGUAGGAGGAAGAGUCCCGUCGUCUUGGAGGAUCACAGUUGGAGAAACAUUUCAUGUUAUUUUAACAGUUCAAUUGUGAAGUUCAUAGCUAUUGAUUCAAACUGACCGAAAAGAUUCCUUGUUUACACUUUAAACUGGUGACACUUUUAGUCCUUUAAAAAUUAAAGCUAUUUUUAUUAACUUGUACAUUUGUAACAUUUGUAAUAAAAUGAGUGCCUGAGCUUAAUAACACUUAGGGUGCCCAAAGAUCUCAAUGGAAAGUUAAACACUAGAUGUACGCAGCACUAAGUCUAAAACCAUUUCUGAUUUGUUCCAUGUUUUUGUAAAGAUAAGACAGUCUGUCUUCAUCUGAUCUAAUGUGUUCUAAACUGACAUAAUAAAGAGGUUUGUUUGUUUCUGUUUAC